GACCCAACAAAAACAACGUGUUGCAGUGGACGGUGAAUUCUCCAAAUGGGUGGACGUAGAGCCAAGUGUGCCACAGGGUCCAUUCAGGACCAUUGGAUUUUCUACUGUUCAUUAAUGAUCUCCCACACGGCAUUGAAUUGACUGUCUGCUUGUUUGCCGAUCAUUGUACAGUCGGCUCCCGUUAUAGCGAAAACGGCUAGAACGAAAUUCCGGUUAUUACAAACAAAUACCUUUGGUCCCGGCAAAAUUGUGCACAUGUCUAUGGGGAAAAUUUCGCUUAAGACGAAAACGGACUGUACGAAAUUCCUGUUAAAGCGAAAGGUUUUGGCGACCCGGUUGCGUAAAAAUGCAUUGUCAGCGACCCAUUUAUAACGAAAGGUAAUCUGGCGCACGGCUUUUUUCGUUCAAUUUGAAAGCAGUACAAUGUAUUAGUAAUCAGCAGGUGUCCGUCUUGUGUGAGUAGUUUCAUGUUGCCGACGUAGAUGUAUUCAGAUGGAGGUGCUAAUCGGUUUGCCGGCGCACAGUCAAGUUAAUCUCGCGCUGCAGUUAGGCCUGUCAUGGCAGUGUUGCAAAGACGCGUGCCAGUCACCCGAGCCACUUGCACAUCGCCAUUGUGCCAUUAAUCAAAGACGUACUUCGACCUUUGUGAAUGGGCUUUCCCAAUUUGUACCUAAUUCUGCCGGUUAACAACAAAGGCCCAUCAUCAAAGUGUUCCGAUGACGAGUGCCAGUCACCCGCACCACUUGCACAUCGCCAUUGUGACAUUCAUCCAAGACGUGACAUUUGUGAAUGGGCUUUUCCAAUAUGUACCUAAUUCUGUCGGCUUGCAUUAAUGAAAGGGAAACAAAAGCUCAGAUUGGUCAAGCGUAAUUACGAUGUCUUUUGUCAUCGAGUCGGGCAGAUAUUGGAUAUAAGGGGUGUAGAAUAUGACAAGUGAUCAUUACGAUUAUCGUACUUCUGAGCUGACUACUGAUACUUCUGAGCUGACUACUGUUAUCAUCAUGACUUCGAUCAAGGUUAAGCGUAAGGGGCUGUCCCUCUCAACAAAAAUGGAAAUCAUCAAAGCUACUGAAGCAGGACGCAAGAAGGGAGACAUCGCACGGGAGUUUGGAAUCGUUCCAAGCACCUUGUCGACAGUCCUGAAGAACAAGCAAGACAUCAAGGCAAAGUUCGAACUUUCGAAGUUCGAACCUUCACGGCAGCGAUUCCGGAAUGCGACGUUUGAGGAUGUCGAGGAAGCCCUCCUUCGUUGGUUCAAAGGCAACCGGUCCAAGAAUUUGCCUAUCAGCGGUCCCCUUCUCCGUGAAAAGGCCGACCAGUUGGCGAAGUUGUUGGGCCACAACACAUUUUCCGCAAGUGCUGGCUGGCUGUCCCGGUUCAAGGAGCGCCAUGGCAUCAUGCGUGGACCGUGGCGUAGUUGA